AUGUCCGACGAAGCUGCUCCUGAGGCCGUUGCGCCCGUUAACACCCCGGAAGAGCCACUCCAGAGGUUGCUCCACUUGGCCAUGUCCAAGGGAUGCCUCGUAAGGGGUCUCCACCAGGUCACCAAGGCACUGGAUGCCAAGAAGGUAAAGGCAUGCGUGGUCUCCAACCAAACCAGUGAGGAGGGUUACCUCAAGCUUAUCCUGGCGCUGUGCAAGGAACACGGAGUGCCCUGCAUUGAGACGGAUGCCGACUGCAAGACUGUCGGAAUGUGGGCUGGGUUGUGCAAAUACGACAUUGAAGGUGUCGCCCGCAACAUUGUGGGCACUACCAGUGUCGCAAUCACCCACUUUGACGAAUCGUCGGAAACCUCCGAGGAAAUGCUGAAACUUAUCGCGUCAUUGGCCUAA